ACUCACAAUUGGCGGUGACAUGGUUUCUACAUUAUACGGGGACGGGCAGGAUUUAAACUCUUGACGGAAUGAUCUAGUUUCUUUCUCCCCCCCCCCCCCUCUCUCAGCACGAUCUUCACACUUCGAGAACAAGAUGACGAGGGCAGUGUCGUGUGUGGCCAAAGAACUACAAUCCCAUUUCGAGUCUCUCUCUCCAAUUCUCUAGCACCUUGUUAUGAAGCUUCCUAGUUCCUGCAAUUUGUCUCUCUCUCGAUAGAUCCGUCUCUAUAUAUUGCCACCAUACUCUAUCCAACACCUCAUUCAAACUAGUCUUUCCCCCCCUCUCUCUCUCUCUCGCGCGCAAUCAUUUCCUAGUCUCCAAAGUUCGAUUACUCUUCCCAAACCAAGGAAAAUGGGUCAACUCCAUGUCUUCUUCUUCCCCAUGAUGGCUCACGGCCACAUGAUCCCAACUCUUGACAUCGCCAAACUCUUUGCUGCCCGCGGCGUCAAAUCCACCAUAAUCACUACUCCCCUCAACGUCCAUUACUUCCAGAAAUCAGUUGAAAGAACCAAUCAGCUGGGCUUCGAAAUGGGAAUCAAGACAAUCAAGUUCCCCGUGGCUGCAGCCGGCUUACCGGAAGGAUGUGAGAGCGUCGAUCAAUUAACUUCCGACGACAUGGUCCCCAAAUUCUUCAAGGCCACCACCAUGCUCCAAGACCAGCUCGAGCGUAUCCUCGACGAGGUCCGACCCGACUGCAUCGUCGCUGACAUGUUCUUCCCCUGGGCCACGGAAGCCGCGGCAAAGUUCGGCAUUCCGAGGCUGGUUUUCCACGGGACUAGCUUCUUCGCCCUCUGUGCUUCGGAGAAUCUGAGGUUAUACAAGCCUCAGAGAGAAGUUUCGUCCGAUGAUGAAUCCUUUUUGGUGCCUGAUCUUCCACAUCAAAUUAAGCUCACGAAAAUGCAAUUGCCAGAGCACGAACGAAGCGAGUCCGAAACAGACUUUGCCAGAAUGGCUGUGAGGAUGAAAGAGUCGGAGUUAUUGAGCUACGGAGUUAUAGUCAACAGCUUUUACGAGCUUGAAACAGAGUAUGCUGAUUAUUACCGAGACGUUUUGAAAAGAAGGGCUUGGCAUAUUGGACCCGUUUCGCUAUGCAAUCGGGAAAUCGAAGACAAAGCACAGAGGGGUAAAGAAGCAUCGAUCAACGAACAUGAGUGUUUAAAAUGGCUUGAUUCAAAGAAACCCAAUUCGGUGAUAUAUAUCUGUUUUGGAAGCGUGGCGAAAUUCGAUGCUUCUCAGUUGUAUGAGAUCGCAAUGGGUCUUGAAUCUUCAGGGCAACAGUUCAUCUGGGUUGUGAGGAGAGGGGAAAACGAGAACGUAAAUAAAGAGUGGUUACCGGAGGGGUUUGAAGAAAGGAUGAAAGACAAGGGCUUAAUUAUCAGAGGGUGGGCACCUCAAGUGUUGAUUCUUGAUCACGAAGCAGUGGGUGGUUUCGUGACCCACUGCGGGUGGAAUUCGACAUUGGAAGGGAUUAGCGCCGGAGUUUCGAUGGUGACAUGGCCAGUGUUCGCAGAGCAAUUUUAUAAUGAGAAGUUGGUGACUGAGAUAUUGAGGAUCGGAGUUAGUGUUGGGGCUCUUAAGUGGAAGACUGGGACAACAAGUGGUGGGGUGACGAGAGAGCAGAUUGGAAAGGCGGUGAGGCGUGUCAUGGUGGGGAAAGAGGCAGAGGAGAUGAGGAAUAGAGCGAAGGAAUUUAAGGAAAUGGCAAAAAAGGCCGUUGAAGAAAGUGGGUCGUCGCACACUAAUUUAAAUGAUCUUAUACAUGAAUUGAGUUCUUAUCGGACUUGAGAUGUUGAAGCUGAAUGUGGUUAUGACUGAUGAAUGCUCAAAAGCUAGCUAGUUGCUUUUGUUUUGUAAAAGUUGUAUUGUUUCUUAUGUUCGAUAUAAAUUUGUUUCAAUACCGAGAAGAAAAUUUAUAGUUCAAUACAAGCACAAGAAUGAAAAUUAUACGUUGUACGAAAAAUGCUACCUGAUUUUCUACGAAAAA